CUCUAGGAAAAUUAAUUUUUUUUCUUUUACAAUCUCAAACCUUUCUUUGUAGGAUAAAGUCUUUAAGCAAUCCUAUAAAUCUGCAAUCAAAUUUACAAUUGUUUAUUUCCUUUAAAAUCUACCAUUAAACAUAUCAUUAUCUCCUCUUGUUUGAAUUUUUUUCUUCUUUAGGUUCGUAGAAUAGUAGUAAAUAAUAAUGUUUGAUAGAAAAGCUUAUAAAAUAUUUCUGAACCUUGAUUUUAUGUUGAAAUAGAACGCCACUUGCCCAUAAAAUGCUCCCAUGGCAGCAUCAGGUUAGAGUUGAAUCUUCCCUUUAGCUCGCCAUGCCUUCCGAGACCUGCGCUGCUUCCUUCACCUACUUCUUCUUCUUCUCGUUCGCCAUCUCGGCCGCCCAGCAAACCGAUGCCGUCUACUGGUCGCCGCCCAACGUGGCUGUGUCCUUCCGCCCGAGCGUCGCCCUCGUGAUCGGGAUCUUCGCCCUUAUGUUCUUCCUCACCUUCCUCCUCAUAUACGGCAAGGUCUGCCACUCCGCCGCCGCCGCUCACGCCACCGACCUCCUCGUCGCAGACGCCGCAGGCCAUGGAAGGUUUAUACUGCCCCAGGACCGCUUCUCCGGCAUCGACAGGACCGUCAUCGAGUCCCUACCCUUCUUCCGCUUCUCGUCGCUGCGCGGCGUCCGCGACGGCCUCGAGUGCGCCGUCUGCUUGUCCAAGUUCGAUGACGCCGAGGUCCUCCGGCUGCUGCCCAAGUGUAAGCACGCGUUCCACGUCCGCUGCGUUGACCGCUGGCUCGAGGCGCACUCCAGCUGCCCCGUAUGCCGGUGCAUGGUCAACGCCGACGACGACGGCCUCUUCAAGUACUCCACCAGCUCUCGCUUCCUGUUCGCCUCCGACCGGCUCGAGGCCAGCGGCCGUGACCUCGAGUUGUUCGUGGAGCGAGAGCCCAACGACGCCCGCAAUCUCCGCGGCUCAUCAGGAUUCAGCAUCAGUAGUAGCUUCCGGAAUACCGACAAGUGGCGGGAGUUGCCAACGCUCGAAGAAGGCGCCAGUGGCGGCCGAAUCCUGCACAAGUUCAAGCACAAGAUCAUCGUCUCCGAUGUCGUGUUCAAGAGCCGGUGGAGCGACGUGAACUCGUCCGACUUGAUAUCCUUGGACCUGGAAAUGCUAUCCGGUAAAGACGUGGUCUGGAAUGUGGAGUCAACGAGAUCAAGCGCAUCAGAGGGAAAAGCUUCACCUGAUGACAAACUACUCAGGAUUAAGGAAGAGAUGGAGAAGAAGAGACUGCUCGAGAUCAAAGCCAGCCAGAUCAACAAGAACAACUCGAUGUCUGUUCCAAGCAUUUCAUCGAGCGGCACCAACACGAGAGCUCUUAUUUCCUCAGGCAACAGAUCGAUGUCGGAUAUCACAAACGUAUCAAGGUUUAUGCAGCUCAAAGAUCCCGGCAACAGCGCAACCCAUGGAGAUGAAGACGAGAAGGCGAGGAAACUCUGGCUGCCGAUCGCGAGGAGGACCGUGCAAUGGUUCGCGGGAAGGGAGAGGAGGUCACAGAUGCAGUGCAGCAGAAGAGAGUCCCCAGGUGUUUGA